AUGCAAACCACGAAGGCACUGCUUUGCGUUCUGCAGAUUCUUGCGCUCUACUCCGGAGUGGAUAGUCAGGGUACGGUAGUUUCAUGGGGUCUCUGGUCGGAGUGGCCGGUCUCCUGUUCGGUAUCUUGUGGCACCGGACAACGCUGCAGGGAACGCAAAUGCCUAGAUGGAUUCGGAAAAAUUCAUAAACCCAGUCUGUGCGCCGGACCAGGCAAGAGUUCGGAGACUGAGUGCUCAACCUGUGUCAUUUCCAGUAGGUGUCCACAAAAACCCGGAUGGAGCGAGUGGUCCGAGUGGUCUAGGUGUGAACUCAUAAGAGAUCAAGCGAACAAGAAGCCAGACAGUCGUGGAUGCCGGCCAGGAAACAGGGUUCGCAGGCGCCUUUGCAACAACCCCCCACCAGAACCCGGUGAAAACAGCAUAACAUGUACGGGUGAACCGCAGCAGGUGAGAAAGUGUCCCUAUGGCUGUCCGGAUAUUCCAGUUUUGGAGGACUACAACAUUAAUGCGCGCGUUGGCAGUCAGGUGGAACAAGAUCACCUACAGAGACGUAUCAGUCUCAGAAGCACUGGCCCCGUUGAGGAGGUUGUUAAGAUCCGAGCUAUCGGAGAGAGCGUUAUUUUUAAUUGCGAUACUCCGGCCUACCGGUUGGCGAAGGAACUCGCGGAUGCUCGAGUCCUAAGCGCAGUCCAAGCGGGUCUGCCUGCGCGCCAACUACGUGUCUCCUGGCGGUUAGGUGGCCGACCAAUCACAAAAGAGGCUCCUGCAUUGAAGGAGCCAAUCAGCAAAACGCAAAAGCACCUCCAGGACGAAGAGACUGUCUGGCUGGGCAAACUAAAACGCGGUGAUGUUGAAGUUCGAGAAGCCCAGCUAAUCGUGCCAAAUUUGAAGCCUGGCGACGCUGGCCUGGUCACCUGUCACCUCUCAAUCGGCCAAGCUCAGUGGACAGCAAUAUUCUUCACCCUCAUUGUCCUUGACCAACGUUUCUCGGCGCCAGCACUGAUGCCCUUUUACUUACACUCUGGUGUCGGCUUUCAAAGUGCGCUCUCUGUGCCCAAUCUGCACUGGUAUGAUGCAGCCAGACUGGUCUGGAAGCAGAACGGUGAGGUUCAGUUCACUGAUCUCGUGGCUCGGACCGGCGCGCGAAUCCGACGCAUCGCGCACCUCAAUAACACGCAUCAGGGCCAGUGGGACUGUUUCCUCGUGAUUCCCUUGCCUGGCGCGCCCACAGUUCAGGCCUCGGAAAGCACUUUCACGGUCUCCGCUGUCUACUGGGUAAAUUCCUUCUUUCUACGGGUUGCGCCAGAACCCCUCACGGUCUGGGAGCUGGGUGACAGGCCGCCAGCCACUGCGAAGAUGCGGCUGAUCUCUCUGAUCAGCUUCACUAUUUGUCUGUGUCUGAUCGCUGCGGUGGCAAUGACAGUAUGGGCGGUAUGGCGCUGGGUGACGCGAAGUCCAAAAGUUGAACAGUUGCAGUGUUGCGUGGAGGAGGAAUUGGAGGACAGAACGCGACUUGUGUUGACAGCACAGCACAGGGCACACACUAACAGGGAGUUAUUAAUACCCCUGGUGGAGAGGGAGGAGGAGGCUAUUGUAAGCAUGCGAACAGAGGAUCAGAUCACAGAGGAUGAGAUCACAGGGGAAAGACCAUCCAUAGGUGAUCUGUCAUUCAGAUUUGACUGA